AUGUAUGGGGAAUGGAUUUCAACCGAUGUAUGCGAAUGUGGUCAAGAACUGAGUUUGAGAACAUCAUGGACAAAUGACAACCCCGGUAGGAGGUACUGGGAAUGCUCGGGAUGUAAGGAUGGAUCUAGCUAUACGUUUGUGAAGUGGUAUGAUCCUUCAAUGUGCCCUAGGUCUAAGAGGAUUAUACCGGGGCUUCUGAAGAGAAUUAACAAAAGUGAAGAAGAAAUAGCAAAAUUAAAAUCAAAGCCUAGAAGUGUUCCAAGAGGGGAAAAUGGUGAUUUGAAGGAUAUGCGUAGGAGCAAAAGAUGUAGUUCAAUGAAGCUGCUUGUUGUAUGUGGGCUUAUUGUAUUGUUAAUUGCUUAUUUUACAAGUGUUAAUGGAAAAAAAUGA